CAGGCAGUGCCGACUAUCCAAUUUGUCGAUGGUCGACGUAUGCCCAUGAUUGGUCUGGGUACAUUUACAAUCACCGAUGAGACAACUAUCAAGCAAGUUAUUGAUGACGGCAUAGCCAUUGGGUACCGACACGUCGACACCGCCUACUUCUAUAAGAACGAGAAGUUUAUCGGCGAAAAACUGCGCGAAAUAUUCGCCCGCAAUGGACAGGGAGGGGUCGGUAGGCGUGACGUGUUUGUCACGAGUAAGCUCUGGUGUACAUACCAUUCCCGUAAAAAAGUGGCCGAAGGCUUGGACUUGACUCUCAAGCGCCUGGAUAUACAGUAUUUGGACUUAUAUUUAAUACAUUUCCCGUUUGGUUUCGAGGAGGGAGGGGAUGACAUACCCCUUACGCCGGAGGGUAUAACACGUGACUCUAAUAUAUCUGUUGUGGAGACGUGGAAAGGCAUGGAAGAUGUCUAUAGGAAAGGUCUGGUGAAAAGUAUCGGGGUGUCCAAUUUUAACGUGGAUCAAUUGUGCAGGCUAAUUCGAAAGUGCCAGAUUAAACCGGUGUGCAAUCAGAUAGAGGUGAACCCAUACCUGGCUGAAGUAGAGUUAGUCCGGUUUUGUCAGCGCAUAGGCAUCCAAGUGGUCGCCUACAGCCCACUCGCAAAAGCCAAUCAAACUCUGCUCAAUGAGCCGGUGCUCAAAGACAUUGCCAAUAAAUAUAACAAAACAGUGGCCCAGGUCAUUAUGAGAUGGAUACUGCAAAGGAAUAUAGUGGUUGUGCCUGGUACUACCAAAAAGUCGCGAUUGGAGGAGAAUUUUGCGUUACUAGACUUUAAACUGACCAGGGAUGAAAUGAAACAGAUUUAUGGUUUGGAUCGCAAUUGGCGUAAAACGGAUUUCCCACCAGCCAGGUUCAACAGUGAAUAUCCGUAUAAUAAAAUGGGAUUUUAA